GUCGUUUUCAUCGGAGAUACGAUUUUCUCUUAUUUGCAUAACCCAAUAUAUCAUUGAUAUAGAGAGAGAAUGAAAAAAUCACAAAGAGAAAAAAAAAAAGAAAAAAUAAAUUAUGGAGAAGAAGAAUGAGCAGCAUAUGAAAAUAAUUAAAGGCGAAUAUGGAUAUGUUCUUGAAGAUGUCCCUCAUUUAUCCGAUUACAUUCCUAAUCUUCCUACCUACCCUAAUCCUUUACAAGAUAAUCCUGCCUAUUCAGCUGUCAAGCAAUAUUUUGUCCAUGAGGAUGAUACUGUAGUGCAGAAGGUUGUAGCUCACAAGGAUUCACAAAGAGGCAUUCAUUUUCGGCGUGCAGGGCCAAGACAGAAGGUGUACUUUCAACCUGGUGAAGUGGAUGCUUGCGUGGUGACUUGUGGAGGUCUUUGUCCAGGACUCAACACCGUGAUCAGAGAAAUUGUCUGCAGCCUUUACCACAUGUAUGGUGUCACCAAGGUUAUUGGAAUUGAUGGAGGAUACAAGGGUUUUUAUGCCAAAAAUACCAUUCCGUUGGACCCUAAGUUUGUCAAUGUCAUUCACAAGCGUGGUGGAACGGUGAUUGGAACUUCUCGAGGCGGUCAUGAUACUAAGAAAAUUGUUGAUAGAAUUCAAGACCGUAAAAUAAAUCAGGUUUAUAUUAUUGGAGGUGAUGGGACACAGAAAGGAGCAGCUGCAAUCUAUGAGGAGAUCAGACGAAGAGGCCUUAAAAUUGUUGUAUCAGGCAUCCCCAAAACGAUUGAUAAUGACAUUUCGGUUAUCGAUAGGUCAUUUGGCUUUGAUACUGCUGUGGAGGAAGCUCAACGUGCAAUAAAUGCUGCUCAUGUAGAAGCUGAUAGCAUGGAGAAUGGUAUUGGUCUCGUGAAAUUGAUGGGCCGAUACAGUGGCUUUAUAGCAAUGUAUGCAACUCUUGCUAGCCGAGAUGUUGAUUGUUGCUUGAUUCCAGAAUCACCCUUUUAUCUUGAAGGAAAGGGAGGACUCUUUGAAUACAUUGAGGACCGACUCAAGGAAAAUGGGCAUAUGGUUAUUGUGAUUGCUGAAGGAGCUGGACAAGAGCUUUUAUCAGAAAACCAAGAUGAGAAAGAUGCGUCUGGCAACAAAUUGCUUAAAGACGUUGGUCUGUGGAUGUCACACAAAAUUAAGGAACACUUUGCGCAAAUAAAGACAAUUGUAAAUCUCAAAUACAUAGAUCCUACUUACAUGAUCCGUGCUAUCCCUAGUAAUGCAUCUGAUAAUGUGUAUUGCACACUUCUUGCUCAAAGUGCCGUUCAUGGAGCAAUGGCUGGAUUUACGGGUGUCACUGUUGGGCUUGUUAAUGGACGGCAUACUUAUAUUCCUUUUGAACGCAUCACUGAGCAGCAGAACAAGGUUUGUAUAACUGAUCGGAUGUGGGCAAGGCUCUUGGCAUCGACCAAUCAGCCAAGCUUCCUGGGGAUGAACGAUGUUGCCAGAGCCAAGGAAGAGCGAAUUACAGCAGAGUCUUCAGAAAGAGAGAAUAACAAAAACAAUUCUGCAUAAAAACUUCAGCUCCCAAUUCCAUGAGCCACUUAGAUUGAAUAUCUAUUUUAUUCGCAUUUGCUUCUUUUCAGUUUGGCUUGAAAGGAGUUGCUAGAAAUGAGAUCCGGCGACGAUUUUGUUUUGUCUUCCUACUCGGUGGCAUGGCUUGCAAUGGGAACCCGCUGAAGGUUGCAUUCAGCCUCUCCUGCCCGUACCACUACUGUUACCACAGUAGCUUAUGUUCGAUGUUCCAAAUAUAGUUAUGUAUGUAAGCUGUAGGUAGGAUGUUUGAAGAAGGUUUUGGAAGUGUAAAUUGUUAGGAUUUCGGAUUGGAAUACUGAUGGUAUUUUGUAGAUAGUUAACGCUGACUUUGUCAAAUAAAACUGGGAAUUUGUACGAAUUCUCGAAGUGCAAAUAAAAUGGAUGGGAUUGGUAUCAUGUGGUUCUCCAUGUAUUGUAAGAAGAUUGUUCAUGUUUUGCGUAAAGAAUUUGCGUUAUAUGCAGAUAUAUGGCAUUUAAGAGAAAAUGAGUAAGUUGUUCCCU